AAAAUUUUUUAUUCUCUAAUCUGACUGGAACCCAAUUAAUUAGAAAAUUAGAAACAAAAAAAAAAAGAAAAGAAAAGAUGAAGAGGCCCGGGUAUAUAUACGUCAGUAGAACCUGCAUAUUACCUCAAGUUUUCGGUCCAUCAAACCGAAAACACUCAAAUUUCAUCACCAUAAAAAAAAAAGUAAACCAAAAAAAAAAUAAAAAUGGAGAAUGUUAAUCAAGCAAAUCAAGAAGAAAUUGUUAAUCAUCGAGCUAAUAUUAAUAAUAAGGAGCCACCGAAGUCCGAUCAUCAUGAAGAAUCCGACUCCAUGGCGCAAAGAUCAAAGCUGGAAGAAAUGCUGUCGGACAAGAGUUUGCCAAGACUCCGGCGACUCCGGCUGGCCGCCGGUAUGGAAUUGAAGACGCUUUUCCGCCUCGCCGCGCCGGCAUGCGUAGUGUACCUUCUCAACAACGUUACUUCCACAUCAACACAGGUUUUCUGCGGCCACCUCGGUAACCGCGAACUCGCCGCCGCUGCGCUCGGCAACAAUGGGAUCCAGAUUCUGGCCUUUGGAUUAAUGCUUGGGAUGGGGAGUGCUGUGGAGACCCUGUGUGGGCAGGCAUAUGGAGCUAAAAAGUAUGAGAUGUUAGGCGUUUAUAUGCAAAGAUCAACUAUCCUCCUUGUUGCAGCAGGGCUGCCUCUCGUUCUAGUUUACAUUUUCUCCAAGCCUAUUUUGCUCCUUCUUGGUCAAAAGAAGGAGGUGGCUUCCGCUGCUGCAUUGUUCGUUUAUGGCCUCAUACCUCAAAUUUUCGCAUACGCUGCCAAUUUCCCGAUACAAAAGUUCCUACAAGCACAGAGCAUCAUAUUCCCCAGUGCAAUCAUAUCUGCUGUUGUGCUUGCUUUUCAUUUGUUGCUAACUUGGCUUGCAUUGUUCAAAUGGAAUUGGGGAUUGUUGGGCGGGUCGUUCGUUUUGAGUUUUUCAUGGAUAAUGAUCGUGGUGGCACAAUUUGUGUAUAUUUUGGUGAGUGCUAAAUGUAAGCAAACUUGGAUUGGAUUUAGCACUCAGGCAUUUUCGGGUCUCUGGGAUUUUUUCAAGUUGUCUUCAUCAUCGGCAGUGAUGCUGUGCCUAGAGUUAUGGUACUUACAAGUAAUGAUUUUGAUUGCUGGAUUGCUUCCUGACACGGAGAUUGCUCUAGGCUCAUUAGCUGUUUGUGUGACAAUUCUUGGUUGGCUGUUCAUGAUUUCAGCAGGGUUCAAUGCAGCAGCAAGUGUGAGGGUCAGCAAUGAACUUGGAGCUGGUCAUUCAAAAUCAACAGCAUUUGCGGUUCUAGUUGUGACUUCGAGCUCAACUCUGAUCGCCCUGGUUAUUGCCAUCUUCUUAAUGGCAUAUCGCCAUGUCCUGAGUUACGCUUUUACCAGUGGUAAAGCCAUAGCUGAUGCAACAUCUGAGCUUACACCCCUCUUGGCAAUUUCCAUCGUCCUCAACGGCAUUCAACCCGUUCUAUGCGGGGUGGCGGUGGGAUGCGGAUGGCAAAGGUUUGUGGCCUAUGUGAACAUUGGAUGCUACUAUGCAGUUGGAAUUCCUUUAGGGGCAUUACUUGCCUUUAGAUUCGAACUUGGUGCUAAGGGAAUAUGGACUGGGAUGUUAGGAGGCACAGGAUUGCAAACUUUGAUCUUAGUUUGGAUCACGGUUCGAUCUAAUUGGGUGGAAGAGGUUGAGAAGGCAAGAAAACGACUAGAGAAAUGGAGAGAUGAAACAGAUGAUCAUCAUCAAGCUGUGAAUGAUAUUCAUUGAUCAGUUUCAGUAUUAGUAACUCUUUCAAGUUUCUUUUAGCACUCUGGUUUGUUUGUGUGGAGUAUUCUAAUUAGAAAUAAUGGUCAAUUUCUUUCUACUAGAGAAGUACGUUUACUAAACAAAUCUGUUGGAAACAUGCAUGCAUAGUAGUAAGUAUCAUACGAUACGCAAACGUAUCAAAAUUAAAGAUUUUGACAGGUAUCAUAGUAUGUAUCGCAAUCGUUUGUAUAUCGAUUAAUUACUGAUACGUAUCGUACGAUAUAUACGAUACACGAUACGAUUGUUAAUCGUACGAUACGAAAAUAUAGG